AUGCAAUAGACUCAUGGACUGAUCGGGUCCGUCCCUCUUGGAGGCCGGUUAGGGUCUAAGUGAAUGGAACAGGAUAUGGUUUGUGACAUCCUUGGCAAGCUGCUGAACACAGCUGGGGUGGUUGGUUGAUUCUACGUUAGACCAAUGCGGUAUCAGGAGAUAUGGCUGUGGGAUGAAGAUGCCAGACUGAGACUCCAAAAGUCUCCAUCAUCUGAGGGGUCAAGAGGUCAGACUCCGGAAGAUGACCCCCAGCUCCCCUGACACUGUGACACACCUCGGGAUAGAAAAGGCAGGAGACAUGAAUCUGCUGUACAGGAAGAGUCGGGUGGAGUGGAGGCAGAAAGAAGAGGAGCCUAAGAAGAGGUAGGACAAGGUCCGGGAUAUGGCCUCGUUCCGUCGCCACUUUCGAAUGGGCUUCAUGACGAUGCCAGCCUCUCAGGAGCGGGCCCCUCUCCCUUGUGCUAGUGCCAUGGCCCCUCGAUCCCUUUCCUGUCACUCGGUGGGCAGCGCACCAGAGGAGAGUGGAAAUGAAGGGGGUCCAUCUGGGAGGAGGGUCCCGGCUAAACCCAAGAGGAACCCCAGCACAAAACUCAGCUUUGGUGGAGAUGGAAGGACAGCAGAGGAACGUAGGCUCAGAAAAGAAGGGUCCCUAAAAAGUGCCUCUGACUCUCGCCGGUUGCCACCCCAGAAGCCACAGCGCAGCCCACACACUCAUCUCUCCGCUUCAUUUGAUGAGGCCUAUGCCAAUCGUCCAGCCUCCUCAUCUGCCAUUCUCAAUCCUAACACUCGCGCAUCUUCACCUUCCCCUGACGAACCUGUUUAUAUUGAGAUGGUCGGCAAUGUCUCACGGAGACCUCCACCACCUCCCACCCCAGCUCCACCAGAAGAAGAGUCAGAUGGGGAAGAAGAAGCUAUAUAUGAGGAAAUGAAAUACCCAGUCCACGAAGAGAAACCAUCCAUCCCUCGUCACCCUCAGCGCCGCCGGCCACCGCCACCUAGAACUCCUGAGGUCGACAUUCCUCCACCUUUUCCCAACCUCCUGCAGCACAGACCUCCUCUUCUGGGUGAACCGUCUGGAAAAGGCCAAAAAGUCACAAAGCCUUCACAGCCGGUGUCAUCCAAGCUGCCAGUGCCCCACAAAGAGGUGCCUUCCAUAGCUUCCUCAUCUUCAGUUCACCUGCCGCCAUCCGGUCGUGCCCGCAGCCACUCAACCCCGCUACCACCUCAAAACUCUGUCCAGCGCAGGCCAGACUCUGAAAUCCCACGAGGGUCAGCUUGCUCACAGGAAAAAGGGGGAUCCAUGUUACCCAUUCCUCAUGGACAUGCCCGGGACAAAGCCCUUUCCUACACCAUGGUGUAUUCUUCCGUCAAGGUGACCCAUUCACUCUUACCAGCCUCACAGCUAGAGGAAAAGACUGAGAGGGAAAUUUCAGUCUUGUCCGGACUCAUCUGCCCAGCAUCCCGUGCAGCAGCAGGGACGCCAAUCCCUAGUCGGCCUCCGUCAGCACACCUCCAUCAGGCACCAGGGGAGCAGGCUUCUCCUCCUGUCUGGACGUACCCUGCAAGCAAAAGACCACCAGCAUAUGAGAACAGCGUAAAGGGCUCAAGGACACCCAUUGUUCAGGCCUCGGAACCUCGUGGAGGUGGAACAGGACAGAUGGAAGACAACCGAGCUGGUUCAGUGUGGGAACUGCAAAGAAGGAUGUCAUGUGGGCGUAGAAGCCAACUUGGCGAACCGAUUACAGAUGGAUCUCGUGCCUGGAACGGGAAUGUUGGGAGAUCGGAGAAGAGGGCCCAUACACCUGUGGUGUCUGGAAUUCCUGUUCGGAGUCAGCAGAGCCUGGACAGUGCGAUGGCCCGAGGGGUGGCCAGGACCGGGCUUCCAGUGCCGUGUCAGACCUUCCCAGCAUGCCAUCGGAGUGCAGAUUUCGGAGGUGGCUAUCGCCUCGGCAGAUCCGCCUCCACGUCCGGAGUGCGUCAGACCUCCGUUCAGAGGCAGAAUCAGGCCGUCCUGUCCCCCACCCCCGCCGCGGCCCCCGGGAGCCGGGAGCGUGACGGGAAGCUCCAAGAGGUCAUCGAGAGGAAAAGGUUCCUGUGCCACGAGAUCAAGUCUCGCCAGCCGCGGGCCGAGCGCGGCCUCUGCAAGCAGGAGAGCCUGCCCAUCCUGCCGAGCUGGCGUCGGGGGUCGGAGGGCCGCAAAGGCGGGACCCCACCUUGCCAUCGGCAACAGGCUGUGCUGUGGGACACUGCCAUCUGACUGCGGCCACCCCGUGGCCCUCUCUCUUCACCCGUGGGGGGCGCUGGUCCGACACCCUGUGGCGAA